AUCAAAAUUUAAAUAUACAUUGAAUUUACAUGUGUUAGGAAAUUUGGGGAUAGAAGAAAACUGACAGCAUCUGAAACUACAUCAUAUACAAGCUUUUCUUUUUGAAGAUGAAUAAAAUUCCACGAUGACAGAUCACAAGGAAGAUCAAGUCAAUGAAAUAGAGGCUCUCGAGUCAAUAUACCCAGAUGAAAUUGAAGUGCUGCAAACAGAUCCAUUUCACAUAUUUAAUGUCAUAAUCAAACCUACAGAAUUUGAAGAAACAGACGAGACAGCAAGUUGUACUGUAAAGUUUCAGUAUGUUGAGAAUUAUCCUGAUGAAGCCCCUGUGUUUGAAAUCACUGAUCUGGAUAACUUGGAUGAUGAACAUGAAGAUAUCCUGAAUGAUCUUAUAAAUGAUCAGAUUUCAGAGAAUCUUGGAAUGGCAAUGGUAUUUACCAUUGUAUCAGCACUUCAGGAAAAGAUAGCUGUGAUUAUUGAAGAUAGAAAAAGGCAAGAGCAGGAAGAAAAAGAAAGAGUAUUCAGAGAAAAAGAGGAAGCUGAACAGAAAAGGUUUGAAGGCACAAAAGUUUCAGUUGAAACAUUUUUAGCUUGGAAGCUGAAGUUUGAAGCUGAGGUCAAUGAACUGAAAGCACAGCACAUAAAAGAGAAUCCAGAACCAAAAGGAUUAUCUGGCAAAGAAAUGUUCAUGCAGGAUGCCAAGUUGGAUGAAUCAGAUAUGAUAUUUUUACAGUCAGAGGAUGCAGAUGUAGAAGUUGAUGAAUCACUGUUUCAAGAUAUGGAUGACCUUGACAUUGAAGAUGAUGAAGACCUUGACCUUGACAAUAGUGAUGGUGCUGUGGAUUAAUAUUUAAUUAAAAAAAAUAGUUUAAUAAAUUAUAUAUGUAAAUAAUAA